UUUUACUGAAAAUCCCAAACAAAAAUUCUGAAUACGGUACGCCAGUAUGUCUAGAGCACAUAAGGUUGUUAAAUUCUAAACUUCUUCACUAAAAACACAAGACCAUGAUAUCCAGUCUGUUCACACAAACGGUGCAUUUAAUUUGCAAUUCAGCCAUGAAACGUUGUUUGCAUACAUCUCAUUGUGGAGUUAUUGUCAAAGUGAAAUUGACGUUAUACAGCACCAACACUUCUUAUGUUCUUGACGAUAAUCCGGGACCGUAUCUACUAUAAAACUAGCCCAGCCCAAAGCCAUUUGUAUCCAUUCUCUUACUGCCAUGCUACAGAUGCGGAUCAUCUCUGUUCCACUACUUUCAGCGGCGGUUCUGCUGCAACCGCUGCUGGCAGCUCCGAUAUUUUGGUUUCUUCCGUGGAGUUUUCCUGCACUGUCUCCAACCACCACUACCUUGGCGACCACUUCCGGGACGGCGGCAUUGAGUGGCGCUUCUAAUUCUUCGAACGUGUCGGUCGCAAUCGGAAACCGCGUCAACACGUCGACCGGUCUCGAUGACUACGGCACGAACAUAACGAACGUGCAGAUAAACGUCAACCGUAUGCGAAGAGCUGUCACCGACGCGGAUUUGGCCAAGCUUGAACGAAAACUGCGUCAAACGGCCGAUGAAGGGUCGUCCAAUGGAACGGUUAUAACCAUUGGCGAGCAUACGAUUCGGCUGCCGCACAACAUAUCCAACCUCACCGUCAAUACGUACCUCAUCAACGGAAUUCCUGAGAAUUAUAUGAUGCUGGCGGACACUAGUAGCGCGACUAUAAAUGCCAACGAAACGUAUACUCCGCUACUAUCCGCUAUUAGACUUUUUAAGAAUUUUUUCUCGUCCCUCUUCAGUAAACAAGGCUCACAAACUUAGCGUUCGGUGACGUUCGCUGUGAAAGUCACCAAGAAACUAAAAGUGUACUCCCUGAGUUUUGUUCGUAAAGUAAAAUGCAAUUCACAGAGCGCACCUUUUAGCAACUAGUACUAACUGUUAGCAUACAUUAUAAUUCAAAGAAAACGAAAAAAAUGCGGUAGCGACACUUGCCACACCGCUGUGUUCCAACUUUAGUUCUGAUCUAUUUCCAAUUCUCGCAUACGGUCGUACGGCACACGCGCAAAGCUGAUACAAAACAAGCGCAGCAGCAAUAAAGUAGAAGCACCCUUAAAAGCCGGCUAACAGCAGAGUACAACGGUUUGGUGGAAAUGCAGUGUGGAGUGCGAUGUGUGCAAGGUGUUGUUUGCAAACAUCAACCCCAAAGGGGGAGGAGAAAUACAAACGUGUUGACGUACACAGCCGCGCGUCGUUGCAAAAACAGCGAAAGCAUUAGAAGAUCGCACGAUCAGAUGCGUUGCUAUUUUUAAGUGACACGUUGCUUCUUGCGAAAAUAAGGAAGCGAAAUUGCUUACUUGAACGAUCGCAAGGGUUUCGUACAAACAAAAGGAGAACGUGAAGUGGAAGUGGGUACAUGCCAGUCUGUACAAUACGUUAAACAAAAUCGACUCUGUUUUUUGACAGGAUUUUGCACAGCUCAACAAUUUUUACAUAGAAAGCCAUAUUAAAAAUUAUUCAUUUUUUAUAUCCGUAAGUAUUCGCAAAGACAUACAUGCUGGAACAUAGAAUGUAUUUAUGCAAAACCGAACAAGAAACGAAUGGUACCUCCAGAGGGCAAGCGAGUGUUAACAAUCAUUAAACCACCAUUCCUUAUUCGGUAACCGUAUCUCUACAGCACGAGGUGCGUCUCAUAACUAACCAAGCGGAACUCGCCCGACAACCAUCAAUCAAUCGUUUACAUCCCGCGGAUGAUGACCUCUGAGAGCCAAAUAAACGAACAAACCAGCGCGACAGUGAACGAAACAACCCGUUUGCUCCAGGCGGUUGGACAUAUCCACACUACUAUUGACGUUAAGUGAUGCCAAUUAAAUACGUUCUCUUUCUGCCCGCUUGACCACUGCUUCACGAAGCUGACGACGAGCUGGAAUCGUGUACAGAACAACAUCUCUACAACUGCAGACUCUGGUAGAUAGAAUACUGUGCUAUGGGCACGAUUUGGAAUAAGUUGCCAUUAAAUUGUACAAAGUUACGAAAGUAACUUUUGGUUAAUUUACACUAGCUAUUCAAUCGGCAGAAGUUAAAUUAAAUUGCAAGACAUCAAAUUAACAAGUCAUUUUAAAUUAGACCAUUAGGCUAUAGCUCACACUUAGGUUCAGCUACAGAUAACCUCUGACUAAAUAAUGUUUAGAAACGCAUGUCAACUCAAAGGACUGUUUGUUUUAAUGUGGCGUACGUGCUAUUAAAAAAUAGAUAUAUAAAAGUUAAA